CCACCACAUUCAGACUGCCCUGUCUUUCCAGGUGGGGAGCGUCACUGUGGACUUCAUGAGCUGAUCUGCAUCAGGAAAGUUUCUCCAGAGGUGCUGGGCUUUCUGACAGCCAUCGGACUCUUCAUCAUCCUCAUGACCUUGCUCUUCUGGUAUCUCAACAACACGCUGGUUCUGGAGAACCCAGGGAGCCUUCAGGGCCUCGAUGACUUCAGGAAAAACUCAGAGCUGCCAGACAAAGCGUCCUCUGAUGCCGACCUGCUGGACUCGUCCUCAGACAGUGAGGACGAGCUGAUGGGUCAGUAUCAGGAAGCGGUCAGCCGCUCGCAGGGUCUGCGCGUUGGAGCCACGGCGGCCUGCAACGGCAAACACCUUGGAGGGUUCAGAUGGGAAGGCCGCCAAAAGUACAGCCCUCUGACUGCAGGUUAUGAUGGAUACAGCAGUGAGGCGUCUGCAGAUGAUGCAGCCAACUGCAUCCAGAGGAUGAGGAGGACGCCGCCCUUGGAUGAGCUCCAGCCGCCUCCCUAUCAGGAUGAGAACGGUUCUCCCAGGAUGUCCUGCACUCUGUCCGAUCUGAGCGACGCCAAAUGCGAUGUGUCCGUGACCAGCGGCAGUCCACACUUGUCCUUUGGAAAGUGUCUCAGUGACGGCAGUGAUGACCAAGAGAGCGAAGGUUACUUCAAUAAAGGCUAUGAAGAAGACGUCCCCAGCGACAGCACAGCUGUCCUAAGCCCAGAGGACUUAUCUGCUCGUGGGUCGAAUGUUCACUUCCCAAAGGGCUACGAACCCGACGGCAUGGCUAAGUACGGCACCUUGGACAUUGUGUUUGACUACGACUCAGAGGAGCAGCAGCUCACCGUCACCAUAAUGGCCGUGACCGACUUGCCCUCCAUCAAACGCACCGGGAACAUUUCCUGGCAGGUCCACCUGGUUCUGCUGCCCACCAAGAAACAGAGGGCAAAGACGGGGAUCCAGCGGGGCCCCUGCCCCAUCUUCACAGAGGCCUUUCGUUUCAGCCACGUGGAGUCGGAGAUGAUCGGAAACUACGCCAUCCGAUUCCGUCUGUACAGCAUCCGGCGGAUGAAGAAGGAGAAGGUGUUUGGAGAGAAGGUGUUCUACCUGACCAAGCUCAACCUGCAGGGCAAAGUUUCCGUGCCAGUCAUCCUGGAGCCAUGCUGUGCACUGCCGGGCGGUGAAUCCCAGCUCAGCCUCUCUGAUCUGACCUGCAGUGAAAGCGCCUCAUCUUUCCCGUCUGUCAGUCAGACUUCUGCUCCAGAGAUCCUUGUUGGCCUGGUGUACAACGCAACCACGGGCCGCCUCUCUGUGGAGAUCAUCAAAGGCAUCCAUUUUAAAAACCUCGCUGCAAACAAGCCACCCAAUGGGCUGUUCUGUUGUCUGAAACACUUGAUAGGUGGACAGGUUUAUAUUAUCAGAGAUACCUACGUGAAGUUGACCCUACUCAACUCCAUGGGCCAUGAGAUGUCCAAGUGCAAGACGUCCAUCUGCAGAGGUCAGCCCAACCCCACCUACAAAGAGACCUUCAUCUUCCAGGUGGCCCUGUUCCAGCUGUCCGACGUCACGCUCAUCCUCUCCGUCUACAACAAGCGCAGCAUGAAGCGGAAGGAGAUGAUUGGAUGGAUCUCUCUGGGCCUGAACAGCUCCGGGGAGGAGGAGCUGACUCACUGGACCCAGAUGAAGGAGUCCAAAGGACAGCAGGUCUGCCGCUGGCACAGCUUGCUGGAGUCCUAACUGUCACAAGGGGGGAGGUUAUGAGGUAGAAGAAUGCUUUGGCUGUUCAGCGUCAUGCUUUUAUCACCUAGUUUCUAAAAUUCCUGACAGCCAAACUUCGGAUCAAUCAGCAGAGUCAAGAAAGGAAUCACAGAGCCUUCUAGUGAUCCGCUGAUAGGAUCCUCACCAGAAAACCGGAUCCUCCCUACAAACAUAUUCUUCCACACCUUUUAAAGAUAUUUUUAUUCUCUUGUGAAUGAAAAUAAGACAGUCUUAAUCCACAGCCUGAAUCUGGAAGGACCUUCUGAUCCAGGCCCUUCCUCCACGUCCUGCCUUGGACAGCAGGGUUUCCCAAAGUGGAGAUCCAGAGGGUCAGAUUUGACCUGAUCGUCUAUAACUGAUCUAAAAACUACAGGAUUAUUAAUUAGGGUUAAAAUAAACAUUGCAGCUGCUGAUGUUGUUUAAUUAGCUUCUAAACAGGCAACAACUGCUGCAGCUCUGCUCUGCUGACGACCGGGUGAGCAUCAAGGUAUCAAUGCUGCAGUCCUUCAACAAAAACCCAACCUCUCCUAUAGUCUCAGAAAGUACAAACAACAGUACGAAGAACAGUACGAACAACAGUACGAAUAUCAUUACGAACAACAGAACGAACAUCAUUACAAACAUCAGUACGAACAUCAGUA